AUGGUGCGGAUUAGAGGCGACCAAAGUGGAUGGAAGGAAGAUUUGAACGUUGCUCUAUGUGAUAACAAUUGGAGAGGUGUGAAAGCAAUCCUAGAUCAAAACCCUAAUGCUUUAACUGCAAAAAUUGCUGCUUCAGGCAGAACAGCACUCCAUAUGGCUGCAAUGUUUGGGCAUGUCAACAUCGUUGAGGAGUUGCUAAAAUUGGUGCCUCCAGAAUUCCUUGGAACUGGUGAUUCUCAUGGCAAUACGGCACUUGCAUUGGCUACAAACACUGGAAGCAUUCAAAAAUGGGACGUUAUCUUUAUUCUAAAACUCCACCGGAAUACCUCACACACCGUCGGGGUUCUAGAUAUUGCUCUGGAUUUGCUUAAACAAUGCCCAGAAUUGCUUUUUGUGCCUACCGAUGAUGAACUUUCGGGUAAGGAGUGGAUGCCAAGUCAUGGGAUCGCAACCUUGAACGCUGCUAUUCUCAGCCCGAGUGAACUUGUGUUCUGGAAACGAUGCAUCUAUAACUGUCAGUAUCACUGUAUCAGUUUACUUCCAACCCCAGCUAUUGUUUGCGGGGACAUCCAGCGAGAAGACAGAAGUCAGAGAGCAAAAGCAAAAUUUAAUGAGCCAGAUGCAUGUGCGUUACGUAUCAAUCUGGGAGGAGUUAAGAAAAUACAAGAGCUCAAGUUAUUGCAUGCACAAGCGGAUGAACUUCUUGAACUGGUUUGUAAGAAAGCAAGGAAAGCAUACGAGAAGAGAGUUUUGGAGGAGGCUUUAUGUCUUGCAGCUAAGGAAGGGAAUGUUAAGUUCAUUUUUCGAGUAUCUAAAAUAAUCCCAGAAAUUAUGGUCAAUCGAACAUUGACUUCAUGUUUCAGCCAUGCUCUUAGUCAUCGACAAGCUAGGGUUUUCAAUCUUAUCCAUGGGCAUCACUUCAAGCGUGCCUUGUUUCUAGAUGUAGAUGAAGGAAAUACCUUUCUACAUAAGGCAGCUACGCAGGCUCCUGAUCACGAGGUGAAGAGUUUAAUGCCUCCAAUUUUUUGGGCAUUUCGGAACAAGGACGGCAUGACAGCAGAAGAAUUAUUUAGAGAAAGUCACAAAGAAUUGAUGAAGGAAGGAGAGAAACGGAUAAAGAGCACGGCAUCUUCAUGUUUUGUUGUCGGUGCCCUAAGCGUGACCAUUAUGUUUGCUGCAGCUUUUAGUGUGCCAGUUGGAAAUGAUCAAACUUUUGGCUACCCAUUAUUUAUCGCACAGCCAUUUUUCAAGGUUUUCAUAUUCUCAACUAUUUUGUCGCUCUUCUCUUCUUCAACUUCGGUUCUAAUGUUUCUAGCAAUUCUCACCUCUCAAUACUCAGAAGAAAAAUUCCUGAAAUCCUUACCUACCUACAAAAUUGAUUGUGGGCCUUUGUUUUCUUUUCAUCUCCAUUGCAAGCAUGAUGAUAGCCUUUCUUUCCACCCUUCGUCUCAUACUGGACCGUGCGAACUACUCAUGGGGUCUCCCUCCAAUUAUUAUAUUCGCAAGCGUUCCAAUCUUCCUCUUUGUGCUGUCACAAUUCCCUCUUCUUCAUACUGCUAUUACUACGUACGGAGAUAUCUUUGA